AUGUUGGAAACGCCAUUUCCGCCUUCAGAAACCAAGCCUCCAUCGGCAUUUUCCCCCGUCCCGACACUGGAGGUCAAGACGACUUCUGUCAAGGUGCCAGAGAGAGAAGCAUUGACAGUCGAUGAGCUCGUCCGACAUAGAGCGUCACUCGGUUCCUCGCAACCGGUGAUAUCGUAUCCACGCACAGGUACCGACUACGUCGACUAUCCACUUCGCCAACUGGAUAUCUAUGCUUUUCGAGUUGCCAAGGACAUUGGAGCUCGUAUCCCUCCGAGAACGUCUUCGUUGGAGACACCUGCAGUGAUUGCUCUCCUGGGACCGUCUGAUCUCAGUUACCUGGUCACUCUCCUUGCGCUUACGAAACUCGGUCACUCAGUUCUGUUUCUCUCGACGCGAAUUUCUCUUGAAGCAUAUGCCUCGUUGUUGGAGAAGACACAGUCCAAGCAUAUCUUUAUCUAUGGUUCCUUCAGAGAUAUCGCGGCCGAACUCAAAGGGCGACUCCCGGAUUUGCAUGUCAGCGAGAUUCCGACUCAAGCGUCCUACGAUUCUCCUAUUAUUGAGGAUGUCGACACAAACCUCACGCCGCACUUGGACCUGGAAAAAGAGUCCAAAUAUAUCUCGUUCAUCAUCCACUCCAGCGGCUCGACAGGCCUUCCCAAACCGAUCUUCCAGACCCAGGGUGCUGCGAUCAGGAAUUACGCUGGGAACAUGAACAUGUCCGGAUUCAUCACGCUUCCGCUGUACCACAACCACGGCAUCAGUUGUCUUUUCCGAGCGGUCCACUCGUGCAAGACGCUCCAUUUGUACAAUGCUGAGUUGCCGCUCACAAAGCAGUUUCUGCUUGGCAUUAUGCAGGACCAUGAAUUUGAGAUCUUCUACGGAGUGCCGUAUGCUCUCAAGCUGCUUGCGGAGUCGGAUGAGGGCAUCGCUGUUCUGGCGAAAUUCAAGGCUGUUAUGUUUGGUGGUUCUGCUUGUCCGGAUUCGCUGGGUAACCGACUAGUGGAGAGCGGUGUUAAUCUUAUCAGUCACUAUGGAACGACUGAAACUGGUCAGUUGAUGACCUCUUUCCGGCCACGGGAAGACAAGGAAUGGGACUAUCUACGCCCCUCAGAAGCCGUAAAGAAGUACCUUCAAUUCGAAGAGCGCAGUCCUGGCAUCUUCGAGCUCAUUUGUCUGGACGGCUGGCCGUCAAAGGUGAUGUCCAACAGACCAGAUGGUUCCUACGCCACGAAAGAUCUCUUCUUGAAACACCAGACAAUCGAAGCAUACAAGUACUAUGCACGCCUGGACGACACUAUCGUCCUCGUCAACGGCGAGAAGGUGAAUCCAUUGGAUAUGGAAGGCAUUGUUCGACAGAACGAUCUGGUUUCCGAGGCCGUCGUCUUCGGGUCUGGGAGGGCGAGUAUCGGGUUGGCUGUUGUUCGUGCGCCUAACACGGAAUUCUUGUCUGACAAGGAUAUCAUUGAACGUAUUUGGCCUGCUGUUGAGAACGCCCACGAGGCCAUGCCCGCGUAUGGCCAGCUUGCCAAGACUUUGGUCAGAGUCCUCCCGGCAGACACUGAGUACCCUCGUACGGACAAGGGAACUGUGAUCCGACAAGCCUUUUAUAGGAACUUCAGCCAGUUGAUCGACGAAGCAUACGCAACGGAGAAUGCAAUGACCGGCUCAUUGAAACUGUCAGAGCCAGAGCUGAAGACCUUCAUCAGGGAACAGCUACAGUCGAUUCUGCCGGCUAAAGCCCAGGCUGCUUUGACUGAUGACGCUGACUUUUUCGGUCUCGGGAUGGAUUCGUUGCAAGCUACGCAGCUACGGUCUAUUCUUGUCAAAACGAUCGAUACGAAUAGUCAGCAGCUGGGACUUAAUGUUGCUUUUGAGCAUCCGACGGUCAAUGACUUGGCGCGUUAUCUUGGCUCCCUUGUUUCCGGGACAGCGGAUAGUGGUGUAUCGGCUGAGGAGCAGAUGAGGGUGUUGAUUUCGAAGUACAGUCAGUUUGAACAGCAUAGGCCGGUUCCUAAUGGUCUCAGUGGGGGAUACAUUGUCGUUACAGGAGCUACCGGGUCGCUGGGUAGUCAUGUGGCCGCAAGAUUAUCGGUUCUGCCACAUGUUCAGAAGGUUUACUGCCUCGUACGCGCAGGUUCGAUAAUCGAGGCAUACGACCGUCUGCUCAUAUCAAUGCGCACUCGAAGAGUCUAUGAUACUCUCCCUGAUGCCGCUCGAAAUAAGCUGGUCGCGCUUCCAUCGGAUCUGUCUCGGACCACCCUGGGACUAGCCCCCACGACAUACAACACCUUGACUUCAGAAAUAACAGACAUCAUCCACUGCGCCUGGUCCGUCAACUUCAACUACCAGCUCGCCAGCUUCGAAAAAGACAGCAUCGGCGGUCUCAAAAACCUAAUCGACCUCGCUCUCAAAGCUCAACGACCAGCACCAGCAACAUUCAACUUCUGCUCCUCUGUCAGUGCCGUCGUCAACACCGAAGGCAAUGAUAUCCCCGAAACCCUCCCCGAGAAACUCAGCUACGCACAAGGCAUGGGCUACGCCCAGUCAAAGCUUGUAGGCGAGUACCUCUGCGCCGCCGCCAAACGGCAAACAGGCAUUCGAGCCCGCGUCCUUCGAAUCGGCCAGGUCAUCGGGGAUACACAGCACGGAAUCUGGAACGCAACAGAGGCAAUCCCGCUAAUGCUCCAAUCCGCCACGACGAUCGGUGCACUUCCAAAGCUCGACGAAUCGCAUCUUUGGCUUCCUGUCGAUACCGUCGCGGACACCGUCAUCAACAUCACGCUCUCAUCCUCAUCAGAAGGCACAGAGCCAUCAGGCAUCUUCAACAUCGUCAACAACACCCCCUUCCACUGGACGCGCGAUCUCCUCCCCCAUCUGCACGCCGCAGGCCUCGACUUUGAAGAAGUCGAUCAGCGCGAAUGGCUCCGUCGUCUGCGCGAAUCAAACGCAGACCCUGUUCAGAACCCACCGAUCAAACUGGUCGAUUUCUUCGCAAACAAGUAUGAUACCGACCAACCACGGCGGACGUUGAAUUGGCGCACGGAGGAGGCGAGACGGGUUUCGGGUGCAUUGGCGAGCGCUGGGCCGUUGAGUCGGGGGCUUGUGUUGAGGAUAGUUGAAUAUUUCCGAAAGGGUUGUUGGAAUUAG